AUGCCUCUCGUCGCUGGCAGUGAUGGCUCACGCCAGAGCGUUACAUCUGGAGGUGCUGAUGGCUCCGGGGGCCUCAGGCGACCCCAGUGUCCGCACAGCCGCCCCCCCUCUGGCCAGUACGGUGCCGUGCUGUAUCCCGGCGCCUGGAGGGAGCACCACUGCUCCGCCGGGCAGGCUGCUCCUGGCCGCUUACUUGUGGGUGAACACUUCCCCGUGUGCGUGCCGCUGAUCCCUCCCUCACUUGUGGGAAUGAAUGUGUCCGGGACCCCGGUGCUGUCUGCGUCUGCCGGCUGCUCUUCGGGCGGUGUGGCAGAGACUGCCCCUGCCUGCCACGGCCGUUCUGCCUUUCCUUUUAAUUUAAUGGACCGCAGUUCGAAGAGGAGACAAGUGAAGCCUUUGGCAGCUUCACUGCUGGAAGCUUUAGAUUAUGAUAGCUCUGAUGACAGUGAUUUUAAAGUUGGAGAUGCGUCAGAUUCUGAAGGAAGUGGUCAUGGGAGUGAAGACGCAUCAAAGGACAGUGGUGAAGGUUCCUGUACUGAAUCAGAAGAAAAUAUCUUGGAGGAGGAACAGGAAGAAGAGAAAGUAGAGGAACAACAACCAAAAAGCUCCACUGAAGAAGAGAUUCCGACAACAGACAAAGAGGUAGUUAAAACUGAAAAGAAAGAACAAGAAGAUGAAGACGACAAGCCAAAAAAGAAGAAAGAGAAAGCAGCUGAACCUGAUGCUCCGGCUGAUGAGCAAACAAAUGAACCAAAAAAAUGGAAUUUGCGCAGGAACCGACCUUUGCUGGAUUUUGUAUCAAUGGAAGAACUAAAUGAUAUGGAUGACUAUGACAGCGAAGAUGACAAUGACUGGCGGCCUACUGCUGAGAAAAAAAAAGGAAAAAACACACUGAGAAAAGAGGGGAGUGAUGGAGAUAAUGAGGAUGAUGAUGAUGGGAGUGGAAGUGAUGAGGAUGACAAUGAUGAGGAAGGUAAUGAAGAAGAUAACAGCAGCACGGCUAGUGAUGGUGGAUCCAAGAAGAAGAAGAGUAAAGUUCUUAACAGGAAUAAUGCAGAUGAUGAGGAGUUGACAAAUGAUAGCCUGGCUCUUUCACAAAGCAAGAGUAAUGAGGACUCGUUGAUCCUUGAGAAGUCUCAAAAUUGGAGUUCCCAGAAAAUGGACCAUAUUUUGAUUUGUUGCGUUUGUCUUGGAGAUAACAGUGAAGAUGCUGAUGAAAUAAUCCAGUGUGACAACUGUGGAAUAACAGUGCAUGAAGGUUGCUAUGGUGUUGAUGGAGAGAGUGACUCUAUCAUGAGCUCAGCUUCAGAAAACUCCACGGAACCUUGGUUUUGUGAUGCAUGCAAAUGUGGUGUCACACCUAGUUGUGAAUUGUGUCCUAACCAGGAUGGGAUCUUCAAGGAGACUGAUGCAGGGAGGUGGGUCCAUAUUGUUUGUGCCCUCUAUGUUCCAGGAGUGGCAUUUGGAGAUAUUGACAAGCUGCGGCCAGUAACACUCACAGAAAUGAAUUAUUCAAAGUACGGUGCCAAGGAAUGCAGUUUUUGCGAAGACCCUCGUUUUGCCAGAACUGGUGUAUGCAUUAGUUGUGAUGCUGGGAUGUGCAGAGCUUAUUUCCAUGUGACCUGCGCUCAAAAGGAAGGCCUGCUCUCAGAAGCAGCAGCAGAAGAGGAUAUAGCUGACCCUUUUUUUGCUUAUUGUAAACAGCAUGCAGACAGGUUAGACAGAAAAUGGAAGCGGAAGAACUACUUGGCAUUACAAUCUUACUGUAAAAUGUCCUUGCAGGAAAGAGAAAAACAGUUAUCACCAGAAGCUCAGGCUCGAAUCAAUGCCAGGCUACAGCAGUAUCGUGCCAAGGCGGAGCUGGCCCGCACCACCAGGCCUCAGGCCUGGGUUCCCAGGGAGAAGCUACCACGGCCGCUUACUAGCAGUGCUUCAGCCAUACGUAAGCUUAUGCGCAAAGCGGAGUUAAUGGGAAUUAGUACAGACAUUUUUCCAGUGGAUACUUCAGAUACAAGUUCCAGUGUUGAUGGAAGAAGAAAACAUAAGCAACCAGCUCUCACUGCUGAUUUUGUGAAUUACUACCUUGAGAGAAAUAUGCGCAUGAUUCAAAUCCAAGAGAAUAUGGCUGAGCAGAAGAAUAUCAAGGAUAAAUUAGAAAACGAGCAAGAAAAGCUUCAUGUGGAGUAUAAUAAGCUGUGUGAGUCCUUGGAAGAGCUACAAAAUAUGAAUGGAAAACUGCGAAAUGAAGGGCAAGGAAUUUGGGCCCUGCUGGGUAGAAUCAUAGGACAGAAAUUGAACAUACCAGCAAUUUUACGUGCUCCUAAGGAAAGGAAACCAAGUAAAAAAGAAGGAGGAACGCAAAAGGCAUCUACGCUUCCGGCUGUACUUUAUAGUUGUGGAAUUUGCAAGAAGAACCACGAUCAACACCUACUGCUACUGUGUGAUACUUGUAAACUCCAUUAUCAUCUUGGUUGCCUGGAUCCACCUCUUACAAGGAUGCCAAGGAAGACCAAGAACAGUUACUGGCAAUGCUCAGAGUGUGACCAGGCAGGUAGCAGUGACAUGGAGGCUGAUAUCGCCAUGGAAACCUUACCAGAUGGGACCAAACGAUCAAGGAGGCAGAUUAAGGAGCCAGUGAAAUUUGUUCCUCAGGAUGUGCCACCGGAACCGAAGAAAAUUCCAAUCAGAAACACGAGAACUAGAGGACGAAAACGAAGCUUUGUGCCUGAAGAAGAAAAAGCUGAGGAACGGAUUCCCAGAGAAAGACGACGACAGUCUGUUCUACAAAAGAAGCCCAAGUCAGAGGAUUUAAGAACGGAAUGUGCUACCUGCAAAGGGACUGGAGACAAUGAAAAUCUAGUCAGGUAG